GGACCAGGCCAUGAAGAGCCGCGUCGAUAGAUACCCCUCCUUCGGUUGAACCAGCGAGCUCGGAUAUACCGUCGCACACGAUGGUGCACGCCGCGACCAUCGCGCCGGCUACCGCAGCCGCCUCCCGUCCGGGGAGAGCACAAUCAAGGUCGGACUCGAUAGGAAGCUUCCGUGCUGGCUCGCCUCUGCCAGCUCUCGCGUCGAACCGAGCGUCAACCUCGACCUUCCGCCGCUUACCCGCGCCCCAUCACUACCAGACUUUCCCGACCCAACCCCCGAGGGCGGGUGGCCGGAGGUCAGCCUCAGACUCGGACUCUUCAGGCCUCGUAUCCCGCGAUCGCCACGGCCCGACGACGCCCUUGCCUGUGAAGCAGCUUGCCCUGCUAGCCCUCUUAUCCUUAUCCGAACAGACGGCCCUCAACUCGAUAUCCCCUUACUUGCCCGAGAUGAUAGAGUCUUUUCCCGGCGUGAGUCACGAUCAAGUUGGGUUGUACGUGGGCGUGCUAGCCUCCGCGUUUGCAUUGGCCCAGCUGGCGACCAACCUUCUAUGGGGGUACCUCUCAGAUACUAUCGGCCGGAAACCCGUGAUGCUGUUGGGAACGCUGCUGUUGUGCUUCUGCUUCGCCGCCUUCGGCUUCUGCACGAGGUAUCUUCACAUCGUUCUCGUCCACGUCGCCAUGGGACUGUUCAAUGGCAAUGCCGCUGUGGUGCCUACUUGCCUCGGGGAGCUGACUGAUCGGAGCAAUCAGAGUAAGGCGUUCACCUGGCUACCCGUCGUGUACAGCCUGGGUAGCAUUACCGGACCGGCCUUGGGUGGGUUGCUCGUCGGCACGGUUGCGAAAGACAGUCAUCCUUUCCUUGCCCCGAACAUACUAGGGGCCUCGCUCCUCGCCAUCACCGUAAUCGUGCUUGGUCUUUGGUUCGACGAGACCUUAGAGAAGCACGGCGAAGUUCCUACGUGGUCCGAGCGCAUCCCGUGGCUAUCUGGAUCUUUAUUGAAGUAUGGCAAGAAAGGGGGUAUAGGCUCGUGCGCUUGGCGAGGCGAUAGCGAUGCAGACGGCGCAGCUGAGGAUAGGGAGGAAAUGGAAGUCGCCGAUGAAAACGCAGCCGAGGAGGUCACCUUGCUAGAGCCGCAAGAGGGCGAUCAAGGCCAAACGAGAGGAGACCUAAAAUCGCCGUCGGACACGACUACGUGGCGCCAGCUUCUAAAUCGGACGACCGUUGUCCUUCUCGCUACGCACCUGGUAUUUCAGCUAUCUAACAGCUCCUUCAAUAGCUUGUACCCCAUCUUCGCAUCGGGACCGAAACCCACCGGACGAGAACUCCACGCGGAUGUCAUUGGUGUGUCGCUAUCUGUGGCAGGGGGCUUCACGAUUCUUUUCCAAAUGUUUCUCUUUCGAUCCCUAAAGUCACGCUUGGGUAAUGUCGGGUCCUACCGUGGCUCUCUGCUCGGCUUUGCAGUCGCUAUGGCCUUGAUGCCGUUUGUCUGUUAUGAAGAUUCAAACCCGCCCUUCGGUGUUGGCGACGGAAAACUCUGGCUCUACGUGGAAAUUGGCGCAAUACUAAUCCUGAAGAAUAUCUGCGCUGUAGGAGGUCUAUCCAGCGUCAUGCUACUGAUCACAAACUCGGCUCCAACUCACGCGAGUCUAGGCACUCUCAACGGCAUCGCACAGACUCUCUCAGCCGCUGGCCGGAGCGUUGGGCCUUUCCUCUCCGGCGGACUCUUCACGCUCUCGACGCAUGUCAAACCCAAAGGAGAGGCCCUAGCUUGGGGUUUAUUCGCGGGGAUUGCCCUGGCCGGGUGGUUUGGAAGCUACGCCAUUCACGGCCAAGGCCUUGAGAGUACGGAUGAUGGUUACGAAGAACCGUCAGCCGGCGACCACGCAACCAGUGACCCUGCAUAGUAGCACAGAUUCGAACACUACGAUAUGGAAAGACGACACGAACUGGACCUUUCUACCCACACCCCAACCGGGACUGUUCCCUCGGGAGAUUAUUGCGGGUGUCUAUAUUGGCACCCAGAACAGUUCCACGGCCGCAUACCCAAAUUUACGGGCCUGAACAAUCCGGAAAGAUGCCUGCAACGCUGCGCGGGUAUUAGAUUACCAACG